AUGCAGGAUGUGAGUGGAAUAUUGAAGGAGGGAUUCCUCGUUAAAAGGGGACAUAUUGUCCAUAACUGGAAAGCAAGAUGGUUUGUUCUGCUGCAGGACAAGCUGCUGUAUUAUAAACUUGAUGGAGGCAGGAAGGAGCCUUCUCCUAAGGGCAGGAUCAUUUUGGAUGGUUGCACUAUCACUUGCCCGUGCCUGGAGUAUGAGAACAGACCGCUGGUCAUUAAGCUGAAGACAAAAACCAACACAGAAUAUUUCCUUGAAUCUUGCUCCAGAGAAGAGCGGGACUCUUGGGCUUUGGACAUUACUGGAGCCAUUCAUGCUGGCCACCCAGUGCAGAUUCAGCAGCUUCACAGACUGAAAAAUUCCUUCAAACUUCCCUCAAACAUCAGCCUCAACCACAUAGUGGACAAAAUGCAUGAUAACAGUAAUGGAAUUAAACUGAUCCCCAACAUGGAACAAGGCAACACAUACAAAGAAAGCUUUACAGGUUCUGCACUGGUGGACUGGCUGAUCUCCAGUAAUUUUGUUGCCUCUCGAUUUGAGGCUGUGACAUUGGCCUCCAUGCUGAUGGAAGAAAACUUCACCAAGCCUGUUGGAGCCCGGAGCACUGAAGCCAUGCGCAAUGGUGAUCUGGCUGAGCAGUUCCUAGAUGACUCCACAGCACUGUACACGUUUGCUGAAAGCUAUAAGAGGAAACUCAGCUCCCGGGAAGAACUGCACCUCCAUAUCCUUGAAUUAAGUGGAACAAUUGUAAAACAAGGAUAUUUAGUAAAACAGGGACACAAGAGGAAAAACUGGAAGGUGAGACGUUUUGUUCUGAGGGCUGAUCCUGCUUUCCUGCACUACUACGACCCGACAAAGGAAGAAAACAGACCAGUUGGUGGGUUUUCUCUCCGUGGCUGCCUUGUCUCAGCUCUGGAGGAUAAUGGAGUCCCAACUGGGGUGAAGGGGAAUGUGCAGGGCAACCUCUUCAAAAUCAUCACUAAAAAUGAUGUUCAUUACUACAUCCAGGCCAGCUCCAAGGCAGAGCGAGCACAGUGGAUUGAGGCCAUCAAGCGGCUGACAUGA